AUGAUACUGGAUGAGGGAAAUCAGAGCUCUGUGACCACGUUCAUCUUCCUGGGCUUCUCAGAAUACCCAGACCUUCAGGCACCCCUCUUCCUGGUUUUCUUGACCAUCUACACAGUCACUCUGGUGGGGAACCUGGGCAUAAUUGUGGUCAUAAGUUUCCAUCCCAAACUCCAUACACCCAUGCACUUUUUUCUCAGUCAUUUGUCCCUUUUGGAUAUUUGUUGUUCCAGUGUAUUUACACCCAAACUGCUAGAAAUAUUAGUUGUGGAAGACAGAACUAUCUCCUUCAAAGGGUGCAUGGUUCAGUUCUUUUUUGGCUGUGCAUUUGUGAUUACAGAAAUGUUCAUGUUAGCAGUCAUGGCCUAUGACCGGUUUGUGGCUGUUACUAAUCCUCUUCUCUACACAGUUGCUAUGUCCCAUAAACUCUGUAUCCUCCUAGUUGCUGGAACCUACACAUGUGGUGGAAUAUGUUCCUUGACAAUCACAUAUUCUCUUUUGGAACUAUCCUUCUGUGGUUCUAACAUCAUCAAUCACUUUGGCUGUGAGUAUUCUGCCAUCCUCUCUUUAUCCUGUUCUGACCGCUACUUCAGUCAGAUGACAUAUUUAGUUAUUUCUAUAUUCAGUGAGACUUGUAGCCUCCUGAUUAUCCUCUCCUCCUACGUUGUCAUAGUUGUCACAAUCAUCCAGAUGCCUUCUACUGGUGGACUCCAAAAAGCCUUCUCCACCUGUGCUUCCCACCUGAUUGCCAUCACCUUUUCCCAUGGGAUCAUCCUUCUUCUCUACUGUGUGCCCAACUCCAAAAGCUCCUGGCUCCUGAUCAAAGUGGCCACUGUGUUUUUUACAGUUGUGAUCCCCAUGCUGAACCCCAUUAUCUACAGCCUUAGGAACAAAGAUGUGAAAGAGGCUGUCAGGAGUGUAAUCAACUCCAAACUGCUUUCUCAACCAAUAUAA